AUGGAUGAUUACAAAUACUUAUUUAAGGUAGUCCUAAUAGGAAAUGCCAGUGUAGGCAAGACUUGCUUAGUUAGAAGAUUCACACAAGGUCUAUUCCCACCAGGCCAGGGAGCUACCAUAGGGGUGGAUUUCAUGGUCAAGUCAUUAGAGAUGGAUAGGGAGAAAGUCAAGCUUCAAAUUUGGGAUACUGCCGGUCAAGAGAGGUUCAGAUCAAUCACACAGAGCUAUUAUAGAUCGGCCAAUGCCCUUAUAUUAGUUUAUGAUAUCAGCUGUCAGCCGACGUUCGAUUGCUUGCCUCACUGGAUUCAGGAAAUCAACACCUAUGCUGGUAACAAAGUGAUCACCUAUUUAGUUGGUUGGUUGGUUGGUCGGUCGGUUGGUUGUUUGGUUGGUCGGUUGGUUGGUUGA